AUUUCUACACGUCACUUCAUAGUUGUCACAGCCAAGCUCACGCCAGCAACAACCAUGAUAUCAGACCAGUCACAGGCUCUGGAUGCAGAGCAGAAUGCCGCCGUCGACUGUCCCUGGGGCAGUGACAAUGCAUGUAUAGCAUACAACGAGAUUCUCGAGAAGUACGAUUUCCACAACGCCUGCAACAGGUAUUCUACAGCAACUCUGUGUGGCGACGUCAGUGGGUUGUCUGUACUGGAUUUACCCAGUGGGCCUGGUUGCUAUGCACUGUACUUCCUGGGCAACGGUGCGAAGGCAGUCACCAGCGUGGACUUGGAUGCCAAUUUUGUUAAGGAAGCUGGCGAGAAGAUCAAGCGAUUGCCGCCGAAGUCGCAACACGCCUGGCAGGGCUUAGUAGCAAAUGCUUGCAUCCCACAGAUGUACGCGCAGGGCCCUUUCGAUCUUAUCCGUGCGAGUUUUGUGAUGGAGGUGUUUCCUACUUUAGACCUGACGAGAGCUUGUCUGCAGAAUUUAUACGACAACCUCAAACCCGGCGGGCGUAUUGUGAGUAUCACAGCAUCAGGCGCACACACUCCGGAAGACGGUAAGGUAGUGUUAGACACCGUUGGUAUGGCAACCACCGACCUUACUAAGAUUAACCCUGGCGACCCUGUGGACUGUACAUACGUUAAACUGAGCACACCAACCACCAUUAGCUGGCUCUGGCGUCCCGAAGAACAGUUGCGCAAGGUGUUGCAAGAAGUAGGGUUCAGCGACAUCUGCUUCCAGCGUCUGUUAGUCGACCCGCAGUACAGUGGUCCUGAUGAUUUGGAGACGUUCGUCAACCACGUGGGUAACCGUAUUGUCACCGCUACGAAGCGGUAG